AUGGCCGCCGAAGUCGUCAUGAACGCCUCCAUCCCGCUUCAUCCGUACUACCCAUCGGACGCGAUACUCCCGGGCUACGUCGCCAACACCUUCAGCGCACAUGAGCUGCGAGCCAUCUUCGCGGCCGGCGCAACCGCCAUCCUCGUGCCGACGUACCGCCUCAUCAAGAAGACGCGCCCCAACCUCCCGAAUGGCGAGGUCGCGACGGCGCUGUGGUUCACCCUGAGCGCCUUUAUCCAUUUCUUCUUUGAAGGCUACUUCUCCUACAACCAGGCCAACAUGCCGGCCACCGUCCACAUCUUCGGCCAGCUCUGGAAGGAAUACUCCCUCUCCGACUCGCGCUACCUGACGCAGGACUCCUUCAUCGUCUGCAUGGAGACCAUCACGGCCGUCUUCUGGGGCCCGCUGUCCUUCGCCUGCGCGUACUGCAUCGUCACGGCGCACCCGCUCCGCCACCCGCUGCAGCUCAUCAUCAGCCUCGGACAGCUCUACGGCGACGUGCUGUACUUCGCGACGUGCUCCUUUGACAAACUCGUCGCCAGGAUCAUGUACUGCCGGCCCGAGGAGUUUUACUUUUGGUGCUACUACGUCUUCUUCAACGCGUUCUGGAUCGUGAUCCCGUUCUACCUCAUCGUCCGGAGCUGCGUCGAGACGAAGCGGGCUUUCGAGAAGGCGGCUGAGCUGGAGGGGAGAUCGGAGAAGAAGAACAUCUAA